AUGUAUAAAUUUUCACAUAAAGUAAAUAAGAGACAUCUUAAUCGAGAGAUUAGGCGUCAGUCUCUUUAUCUAUUAAUCGCUCGACAUCUUAGUCUUUUGAGCGAAAACUCUGGUGAUGAUAACAGUGACGACAACUUGCAACGAAAAGGUAUUAAUAUAAAUAGGCUUGGUUCAUCAUUUGACAAGAAAAAUGAUGGUAAUUAUAUAUCACCUGUGUCAUCGAAUGUUUAUGUUCUAGAUGAUAAUGAACGAAAUGAUGAUGAAGAUAAUAAUUAUUGGAAUGUUGAUGAAGUUGAUAAUCAACAGAAUAGUGAUGAAAAUGAUGGUCGAUAG